CUCAUUCAUUCUCCCUAUAUAUAAAGACUACCUCACACUGCCAUUUUCUGUGUCCCAAUUCCUUAUAAGAAUUCCAUAGAAUUAGAAGAAUACCAAAUCAAAGAGAGAAAAGAAAGAAGAAAAAAGGGGUGUUUUUCAUUUGUUUUAUUUUAAUGGGGAAGAAGAGGAGCUUGUGGUUCAAGAAGGUGAAGAAGGAGAUAUGGCCAUGGAGUUUCUCUGUGUUUCGCUGGAAACGGCUGAAUCUUCAAACGACGAUCAUGGACACCGUAGUUUUCAAGAUAUUAUCCGCAGCAGAGGCUGUGGUCCUUGUCUCCACACUCUGCUUCUUCUACCUUUGUUGUGGCUGCAACUUCUGAAUUAUAAGUCUCACCACACCACACUUCACAUUUGAUAUAUUCUUUCAUUUUUCUUAAGUUAAACUAGCUAGCUUAUUGUGAAUUAGUUGUAAUAAUGAAACAUUUAAUUCCUUCUUAUGUUACAUAGAUCUUAUAUUUUGCUUAAGAUCAAGUUUGAUUUUGCGGUUGUAAACUAAUAAAGUACGUGCUUUAAAUUGUGUGCA